AUCAUGGAGAUUCAGCCUUUUUAAAGCAUCUUCUUCCAUUUCCACUAAUAUGUGGCAGAGUGCUGAUGCCAAAGCCACAUCCACGUCAUGAAAUGGUUUAUAAAUUGCAUCGCUGAAUUUAAGCAGGACGUCCAAUUACGCAAUGACGCACACCUGCACACUGAAGACUGCUCCAUUUAUGCGUUAUUACAGUGAAAGGAAGGAUUCUGGCCUCGUCUCUGGAGGACCAGACUCUGAAGGAAGGAUCCUACCAAGGAAAGGAUCCUAGACUUUAGGAUAGAGCCGCUGUCUGCGGAGGUGUCCGAGCCGCUUCACGCGCUCAUUCAGCGGUGACGUUUUCAUACCGAACCGCUCCGAUGGUGUACAGGUGCUGCGUUGAGAAAUGUUGGCACAUAAAACGUCCGAAGAUCUCCUUCCACCGCUUUCCUCUCGGAGACCCGGAGAGGCUGAGGGAGUGGCUGCUCGCCCUCAACGUGGAUGUAAACACUCCGCGCCACAUGCUGAGCAAGAUGUUCGUCUGCCAGAAGCACUUCGAGCCGCACGACUACCAGGACAGCCCGGAGCACGCGCCCCUCCGCCGGGCCCGGCACCUCAAGACCACCGCUGUCCCGAUCCGGAUCAGACACGGAGGUGUGUCAGGUGACCCCACCGCUGGUGUCAUUAAAGUGGGUCAGGUGGUAAGUAUGGUCAGUGUGUAAACAGAGGAGGGCAAU